UGUAACGGAAAUCAAACCAGGGUGUCGUCUCUUGGAGAAAUACAUAUUCUCAGCUGGGACCAAAAACACGGUAGCCGGCUCAAUAGCAGAACUAGAAGGUUUACUGGCAAACCGAAACACUGUUCAGGUGGGUUUGUUUUUUAUUUUUGUUUAUUAUUAGAAAGUUAGAAAAGUGUAAGUGUCUCGAAGUCAGCAGGCCAAUACUGUUACAAAUUUACUACAAGAAACACUAAGACUUGGGACAGCUGUUAGAAAGCUCUUUGCUUUUCAUUCAUUGCGCCCGCCUGGAGCUAUGUCCGCACAUGAAGAAUUCCUCAAAUUUCUCGAGAUUUAGAGCAAGACCCUUGAAAUUGCGCUUUAUUCAUACUUUUUCCGGUGCUCCUUCCUAUUUUCAUAGCUCGACUCAAAGGGAAGUCCAACUUUUAAUCGGCAAAAAACCAAGAUGGCUUAAACUAUUCCAGUACCACCACUGAUAGAGGAGACGACGAAAGGGGAAAAAGAAACUUUCGGUUUUAUCAGUUGAAUUAAUCUGGUUUUAUUAUUUGGCCGAGUCCGCAAGCGGGCAAGAUGAAGCAAAUCCUGAGUUCUGAUUGGCUACCAGAGCGGCUCAUCUUUCGCUUUCGGGAUUUCCCGUGUUGGUCCCACAAGUGAAAGUUCUCUAUAUGGCCACAGAAUGAAUACUUUACAUUAUUGACCGAGCUAGCUGAAUAUUGGCCUCGUUCGUUUUUGUGUUUUUAUUGACCGAGACGAAGUCAAUAUUGGCCAAUAUUAGUUUGCGCCAUCUUGACCUCAUGCUUGGCCAAUAACGCACAUAACCCGUGCAGAGUCAGUCAUCGGACACUUCACUGUGAUCGGACAUGAUGUCCGGACAAAGUUAAUCAUAAUAUAAUGCGCCUUUCGCUGAGGCUGACCACAAUUUUUUUUCGCCAAAAUGGUUACUUAGGGUUGAUUUCCACUGUCGCGGAAAAAUUGCGCGACAGUGGAGAUCAACCCUUAGCCGAACCGAUGUAUGUCCGUUCAUGAAAGAAAAAAUUUGCCCAGAAAACUAUUAACAGCAUUACUCUUUUUUUUUUUAUCUUUGUACCUUUGUGGCUUUUAAUACGUUUAAUAAUACGUUUAAUUAAUCAUUUUCUGGCAUUAAGUCAUAUAAGAGACACUUCGGUAUGGUUUUACGUCUUUAUUGAGAAUCACUACAAAAAUACAUCCGUUUUGACAAAACAGUAAACAUGUGUGGACCGUGUACAGGUGUAAAUGACUGGCAUUAUCGGUUUACGCUCACCUUGUUCCACGGUCAGAUCCUUCCAAACCAGAUCGAUCCAUUUUAUAGCCAGAUCGUUCCACUGUUUCGGUUCAAACUCGAUGUGAAGCGCGCUUUUUUGGCUUCUUGGCUUAAACAACGAGGUAAACUCAUGAGUAACGCUCUUGUUUCUGCUCGUGGCUUAAUGAGUCGUGAAAAGGUCAGACUAUAUUGAGGAACGAUCUGACAAUAAAGUGGAACGAUCUGACCAUGGAACGAAGUGACCGGAUACCUAUAUGACGUAUGACUUCGACAUCCUUCUAAAUGACUCAAGAAUCUCUUCCGUUUUUUAUGCUAAGGUGAGUGCUUCUAUUCAACAAGUUCUUUCUCUUCUUUUCCUUUUUUUUCUAAAUUAGAACGUUAUGCUCAAAAACUCCUUUUCCCGUCAGAAAUCAGAUACCCUUGGCCACUAUAUGACGUAUGACUUCGACAUCCUUCUAAACUGACGCACGAAUCUCUUCUGUUUUUUAAGCUAGGGCGGGUGCUUCUAUUCAACAAGUUCUUUCUCUUCUUUUCCUUUUUUUUCUAAAUUAGAACGUUAUGCCCAAAAUCUCCUUUUCCCGUCAGAAAUCAGAUACGCCUUAGGCCACUGUUAAGAACCGACUCUUCGGCUCCAUGUUAUUUUCUUCCCUAUUUUUUCGACGUUUGUGACGUCUUUAUCGCGCUUUUUUAAAGGCACAGGUUCAUGGUAAAGCGCAUGCUCAUUAAUUAAAUUACUUUUUCUAAAUUUAUUAUUAAUUAUAUCAGUUUUAACUGAUUAAAAUAAUCCCACUCACAUGUAUCUCAGCGAUCACAGAGUGUAUUUCAAAGUAGAAGUGUAUUUCAGAGUGAUCUGAAGUAGGAAGGAGGAGUACUAAAAUCGCAGAAAAAAUUAGUGGAAUAUGCCAACACUACCAACGUUGAAUUUAUUGUUGACCCGAAGGUGUCCAGGCUUGAUUAAUUUACAGUUAUUUGAAAAUAUUUAAGUUGAUCAAGUGCAAGUGACUGCCAGGGGAGUGUGCAGAUUGGUUCUUUGACAACAUUAUGACAUAAUCAUAUUGCAUGCAUAGACGAUACGGCAUGUCCCGGCAGAAAAACAGCAUUUUGAUAAAUGGGCAUGCGCUGAACCGUGAACCUGUCCCUUUAAAAGGACUCUAUUAGUAAUAUUACUAUUUACAUUUUAAUGCAGAUUGUUUUGGCUUCUGUGUAAAACUCGUACGACUC